GACCUACUCUAAGAAGAGCUCAGCCCCCCAAAGAUUACUUGUAUCUAGUAUACCUUUUGACGUAACAGUAGCUGGACAUAUUACCUCAAGUCCCCAUCGCGUUGUCCGCCACAUCUCUCCCGAAUGCUUAGGUACGCACGAUACUCAAGCAGCUGGGGCCGGUAUUAGGGAUCUGGCCAACUCCGUUUCUUAUGGUUUGCAUAUUAUUUUUACUUCUUAAAGUAUACUCGUUCAUAAACUCAAGCGUGCAUUACGGCUUAGUAACAGUAUACAUUUAUUCAUGUUCCAGAGCCACUCUGGAAUCUUCGUUCCAAGGAAAAGAUCAACCGAUAUGGAUAUCUUCUCAACCGCCGUUACAGCAGGGCAAAUCAUUCUGACUUACCUUGAUGCAUGUUCUUCGUACUCAAAGGAAGCUAAGUCUCUCUAUCACCGAUUCAAAUGGGACCUUCGAGUAUUGGAGGAGAUUCUAGCCUAUUUCGAGAAGCUGAAGUCGCAGCAUGGGCAACACAAUAGCCCACCACUUCCAGAAGACGACAACACUUUGUUGAAUGAAACAGGCAGAUACUUGGCGGAUCUUAUCAGUGAAGUUUCUUGUAGCCUUGCAAAACUACAAGUCUCAGGUCAUGUGCGAAAAACGAUCAGCAAAAGCUUGUGGAUCACAAGACGGAGCGGCCUGAAAGACCUCGAAAAGGAGCUCCAUGAGUGGACAACCAGGUUUGAUAUUCGACUUCUUGGUCUCCCACAUGAGUUGAAGUCCAUAAUACCCCCCGAGACGGUUACAUUAGAUGACGGGGCUCCUAGUAUGGGCUUAGUGGAAUCAAAUACCCGGAUGCAUCACCUGAAGACUCUCACAAUAGAGUCCAAAAAACAGAAGAUUAACCAGCUGCUGUGCGACCCGCCUUAUCAACUACUCCAGGAGAUCGAGGAAACUCCUGAUAGAGUCCGUCCUGUUUUUCAACUUGAUUCUCGACCAGUCAUUCUAUCUAGUCGACCUUUCCCACCCGAUGUUUAUCCAGAAACUGAAGAGUUUCACAAGCUGACAUCUGACUUGGGUGAACUUGCGGCUGCACUUCACAUCCUAGAUUCUAAUGCAGACGUUAGUCUUUUGAAAGUGGAAUAUUUCUUCUAUAAUGUACCUUCAAGACAAUUCUAUUUUGUUCAGUCGCCUCCAAGUCAGAUUGACGAGGUACUCACUCUGGAGGAAAUGAUAGUGAGGGCGCCCUACUCUCACAUUCUCUCAAAAAACAAAGCGUGGCUUCCACUCAACCAGCGAUUUACUCUCGCUAAAAGGCUUGCCGAGGCUGUCUUCUUUCUGCACACGGCCGGAUUCGUGCACAAAAACAUCACACCCACUAGCAUCAUAUGUCUCCAACGAUCUAGCGCAGACGAUUCUGCACGGUUCCCAUCAUCUAUAGGAGACCCCUAUAUUAGCGGUUUCGAUCUAAUCCGCUCUAAUGAUGGCCUGUCUGAUCUUGGUGCCGCCCUCAAUCUUUCCAGCUCAAAUCGGCAUUUGAACCAGCGAAAUGCGUUCGUGUUUCAACAUCCAGACCGACUACAGCCAGAAGGCGGCAAAUUGAAGAGGUAUACGAAGAAUCACGACAUCUAUAGCCUAGGGGUUGUUUUACUACAGAUCGGUCUUUGGGAACCAAUCAAUAUGAUCACGAGAAGGCUAGAGGACGAUUGUGCUGGUUGGCCUAAAGCGCUGAGCGAGGUAAGCAAAUCAUUGGGGUUAAAGGUUGGCGUUAGAUACCAGGAGGCUGUGCUCUGGUGCCUCAAGUUAAACACUGAACCUUUGGUUACGGAUGCCGAAUUUGCGCAGGAGGUGUUAGGCCCUUUAGAGAUCAUGGCCAAGGCAGUUUCCUAGACAUGUAACCUAUUUGAGAAGUCCCGCCGUUGGAUAUAGAUACACCACAAGUUCACUGUACCCAAAAAGCAAAUUUAGCUUUCGAUACCCAAGCCUUUGCGUUUUCAUCGAUAUCGAAGGAGAAUAUUAAGC